AUGGCCGACAAGCACAUGCAAAUUUUGGCCAAUUUAAUAAAAGCAGUUACCAAUGUUGCUGAUCGUGGCACAUCACAGGAAUCGAAUAUCGAGGGAUCGGAGGGAAGUAGUUCAGUUAGUGUAGAGGAAACAAUAAAGCGGUUGUUUCCAUCGACAGAGGGUGGUCAAGGUGCAAACGCCACAAAAAAUACAGUGCUAGGAGAGCGCGCCGUGGAACAGGAAAGGAAUGAAAAUCCUGAUAGUUCCUAAAUUGUGUUCCAAAAGGAGUUGCACGUGAAGAACUUUAUGUGCGGGGAUUUACAACAACUUUCGAACUGACUUCGUCAAUGACCGAGGAAGAGAUACGGUGUAUCUUAGAGGAAAAAUUGAAAGAUAAACUUUGUAAUAUAGCAGGAUUGAAGUUUAUUUUCGUACGAGCAGUAUGCAACAAAAUAAUCGUUCCUAGUAUGUCCAAAACGGAAAGCUUCGAUGGUCGGAUGGUAAAGCAUUUUGCAGGACAAGGGCCAAUUUACAUUAGAGCCCUGAGAGAUAUCAGUUCUGCACUUAUGAAAGGUCACUGGAAAAGAAUAGAACCUGAUUGUAGUGCCAGUGAUGAUGAGAGUGAUGACAAUGCAAGUGUGAAAUCACCUGUACACGAACCAUGUACUGGACCAUUACACCCCCCAAGCCCAGACAUAUCUACCACAAGACUGUCAUCAGAGCCAUCGACAUCUGCUACAAAUGAACCUAGCUGCUCUAGAAAUCUUAUUGCAUGUCCCACAUGCCAUAAUGCUUUCCCUGCUGGUGAGAUAGAACUGCAUGCAGAUGCUUGUGCUGAGGAGAAAUAUGGAAGUGUCAAUGAAAAUCAGUACAAUAAUAUAAUGGAAGAAUUUGAUGAUAUUUAUGAAAUUGAGAAUACAAGCCAUGUGGAAACACCAACUAUCAAUGUUUAUGACAAUGAUGAAAUUCCUAAUGAUGACAUUCUCACGCCUGAAAAUCACAAACAAAAAAUAAAGGAUGCAAUUUACAGGUUAAAUAAACUUGUACCUGAUAAACAGAACAAAUAUCACAUCAGAAGAAAAACAAUCUUUGAUGAUUAUGUCAACGCACGUGUACGCAGCAAAUGGAUGCAGCCAGAAAACAAGAUCAGAGUUACUUUUGUAGGAGAAAAAGGGAUAGACGGUGGUGGGCCAAAGAGAGAAUUCUUAUCAG